AUGGAGUUGCUGCAAUACGCCGAAAUUGUCCGUUACAACGCUGCUCCAAUUUCUACUAUGGGACCUGACCCGGCACCCAUUGGCUUGGCGCUCUUUCCGCAAGCACCACAACGUCUGAUGACCCCGGUGUGCUGGGAUAUCAAUGUCGUCAUGAAUUACCAGGGACGACGCUUGAUUAUACUAGCCACACAGGACAUUCCCAACUGCACCGGGCUGCAGGAUCUGCGAUACAACGAACUUUUCCGAGAACCAUUUUCAAUGACGAGAACCUCGUGUAAUAGUUUCUUCAAAGAACUAUAUGGAUCUGCCUGCAACUGCCGCAAGUGCACACACGAAUAUGAUGCAGAAAUCAAUCCGCUGAAGUGCGCAACAAGUGGUUGCAGUAACCGCAUUCCCAGUGAUAGGCGAGCAUCGCAACCUUGCCAAGAAUGCGGUGUCAUCAACACUGACCGACUGCUCCAGUUUCGCCGCUUCACGGAGCACCUGGAAAGCAUUCGUAACAGUGCUGGCAGCAGCAGCAAUCGCCUCCAAAAACUCGAGAUUGCAUUCUUCAAAAAACUGGAUGCGGCGGACAUCUUGCAAGGGGACGCGCAUUUACGCUUCCUCUGCGGAUGGGAUGUAGCGGACGAAUACUUUGCGGAAAACCGUUUCGAUGAUGGCUGGAAGGUUGUGCAAGGACUGGUGGCUUGCUUACGGAAUAUAUAUCCCCAGUAUCAUUUCAUGCGCGCUGGUCGCUUGUCAAGAGCGGCUAUAGCCACUGCUUCGGCUCUGCAGCAGCGCGUGCUGACUGCACUGAAUAAGUUGUCCAAACCAGCCAAGCGUCAGCUGAAAGCAUUGUCAGCGGAGGUUAUGGAUGAGGUUACCGCAUACGGCAAGGAAGCCGAACAUAUAUUUCGUACAAUCUGCGCUGAUGACUCCACAGAGAUCGAAUUAGGCCGGAGAGUGGUUCAGCGGAUUGAAGAUACCGGACGCAGCAUCGAGCAGGUUUUUCGGAAUAAUAAAAUCUGCUAA